AUGAGCACCGCUGAUCGACCACCCAUUACGUCCAAUACCACUGAAAGCACGAUAACAGAUCAAAGCCGAGACAUGCAAGUACCGGAUGCAACCAUGCAAGGCUCAACAUGGCAGGCGCCCAUUGUCACAACCAGCAACACAGCUCUCCAAAGCGAUCACGAUGCAACCCAUCACAACAACAGCAACAAGUCGUAUGAUACCACUAGCUCUUUAUCUACACCACAAAAUACAACCGAUUUAUCGACGCCGAGACGACCUAUGGAAGACUUCUCAACUUGGUCAACACGCGACGAGCAACUUCUCCACUCUGUGAUACAGCAUAUACCAUUUGCUUUGACGGCUGCUGGUGACGGUGAUCAGUGGGCUCUUGUAGCUCGUACAUGCAAUAAGGAGCUUGGACAACUCGUCAACACACCAUCACCAUCUUUUGAUUCUGGAGCCGAGGCUAAGGAGCGAUUCAAGAUAUUGAUGGCAGCCCAUGCCGCCCUUGUUCACAACCAUGUGCACCGUAUCGACUUUUUACCCAUUUAUGAACAAUAUGGAAGGAUCAGAUCCAUGAUGGAAUAUUGUUAUUCUCUGUAUGUCAAAUCUGGGAAUAAGCCUGAUGAGUUGCUUCGAAAACGUAAAAGAGACCAAGAUGAGGAGUGGGGGAUUCCAAAUGAGGAAGACGGUUCUAAGGGGGAAAGACAAGGCGAGCGUAUGAAUGGAUCAAUUGAUACUUUAAAGCACCAGCUUCGUGAAUCACAGGAUCACGCCGAAAGAAGUCUCAAGGAAAUGGAAUGGAAGCAAGGACAACAUUUCGAGAAUAUGAAUCGUCAAUUGUCAGAUAUGGUCGAAUUGGAUCAGAGAGCUGCUGCCAUCUGCCGUGAUAACGAUGACCAACUUGAAGAGGUGAUGAAAACGCACAGCAGAAGAAUGCGGACCAUGUUAAACAAAUCCAACGAUCGUAUCCGGUUUAUUCUCGACAAGUACAGCGAAUCAAUGAGGGGUUGGUCUGAAGUACAGCAGCGAGAACAGACGAGGUGGAAUAUCAUGCAUGAUGGUUGGAUGAAGAUGCGGAAAAGCUUUCUGGAAUUGCAAGUGCAAAUGUUUGAACACCAUCAAAGAUUGGAGCGUGUGAGAAUGGAUACGAUGCGACAGCUGAUGAAGGAUUCUUGA